UGCACAUUGCAUGUACGACAGCACAUAAGGAGUCAUGCGAAGACGGAUGGUGGCUUUGCAACAACCGAAACUGCAUUCCAGAAACACAACUGUGCGACAACAUUAAUGAUUGCGGUGAUACUAGCGAUGAAAUGGACUGUUCAACUAGGAUACGACGGGGCCCAGACAAUAGGAAUCCCUCCACACAAGAACCAACUCUGUAUAUCUCACCACCUGAAAUGGACCGAUAUGUAGGAGACAAUAUUGACGUUGUUUGCCAAUCGUCGGAAAGAGGUGCUAUAACGGUUUGGUCCAAACUUUCCGGCUAUUUGUCCGAUAAUGUGGAGAGUAUCGGAGGGAACUUGAGAAUAGUGAACUUGAGGCCUGAAAACGCUGGAGUUUACAGAUGUGAAGCAACUGGUCGGCAGGGAGUCCAUCACAAGGACUACACUCUCAAUGUUGUUGAUAACGUCAAGGAUGAACCACCUCUAGAAAUCAAAACCGCACCAAGAGGAUCAACUGUCGUUUUGGAAUGUAAUACAGACCUGGAAGAGCCUAUAACUUACCUAUGGAGUAAGCAAGGUGGAAGUCUGCCCUCUUCGGUUGAUAUUUACAGC